GAAGAGACUGCGCAAUUGAUAAGGUUCAGAACCCUCCAAUUGGGGAAGCAGCUCGAUGUUUGAGCAGCGUGCCAGGCAAAGUGAGCGCACCUGAAAGCCAGGCAAAGUGAGCGCACCUGAAAAGCGUCUUGUCGUCCGGCUCGGUAUAUUGGUCCUCUCGUCCUCCAAUAGGAGUGUCUUCCAUUUUAGAAGACUGCAUCACCUUCCGUGCCUUUUAGCCGUCUUAAUUGUCCAGCGAGGAGACAUUGCUUGCACUCUUCGCCAACGCACAUGAAGCCCCUGGUGGGCCGCUGACUGUGACCAAUCACUCGCUCAAUCAGAAAGCUUGGAGGACCAAGUUUUGAGCCCGCCGCAUGGGCUCUGGCCAUGGCGGCAAAAAGGCCAGGUGGUGGUGGGGGUAAUGGGCGGGUGGGGCCCCCUUCCGGGCCACCGUCAGAAGCGGCCGGCAAGGGGGGUGCUCGGCUGGCUCCGUCCAAGUCCACAGUGUACGUGGGCAACCUGGACUACAACCUGACCAACAAUGACCUCUUCACCAUCUUUAGCGCCUGCGGCCAAGUGACCAAGGCCAGCAUUGUGAAGGACCGGCAGACGCGAGAGAGCAAGGGCGUAGCCUUCAUCCUGUUCUUGACUCGAGAAGAUGCCUUGAAUGCAUGCAAGAUCAUGAACGGCAAGGUCCUGAAUGGGCGUACCAUCAACGUCAGCAUUGCGAAGGACAACGGACGAGCUGCAGAGUUCAUCAAAAGAAGGGAGUACGUGGACAAGAGCCGUUGCUACGAGUGCGGCAAGGAGGGCCACCUGUCGUACGAGUGCCCAAAAAACCAGCUGGGUCCCCGCGAGCCUCCCGCGAAGAAGAGCCGUCGCGCCGCGCAGGAGGCGCACCUCGGUGCCAAGCAGCGAGCGCCUGCUUCGCACCCGCAGCCGGCCAACGACAGCGACGAGGACGAGAAUCCAGACUUCGACGACGACGGCUGGGGGUCCGUCGUGGCGCCCAGGCCAUCGUUUUCGUCAGUACAGGGGACGCAGGGCGAGACAGAAGGCCGGAAGCCGGGGGGGCUGAAGGGCCCCAAGAAAGCAUCCGGCUACUUCAGCGACGAAAGUGGGGAGGAUUGAAUCAACGACGUGCCAGGACGGCUAGUUUGAGGAGUACACGUGUCGGACACAUGCUGAUCUUGAGCCGUCCAAGCCGCAUACUGGCUUUCGCUCGUGUUUUUGUAACAGAUUGAGCUGCGUUUGCAUUGUUUGUGCCCAAUUCCGGACAGUCUGGCUCUCAGUCGUCUGGGGUAGUCAGCUUAUGAGUACACGAGCAUACCUUGUGUGACUCAACUUAUUGAUUUGAU